AUGCCAAUGAAAAUUAUGGUUUCUGCUGGUAUCAUUAUUCUUGUUAUUGCCAUUGUGCUUAUUUGUGGUAUAUUCCUUGGGUGGUUUGGAGGAACAGAAGCAGAAGAAAGCUCGUCUGUGCCAGAUGUCCCCCACUACGAGCCUUUCAACUAUUCCACCUACAGGCUUCCUAAAGAUGUACGACCGGUGAAAUAUGAUCUGAAACUAAAGGUUUAUUUGCCUCCGUAUGUAAAUGUCCCGAAAAACAAGAUACUAACCUUCGAAGGCGAUGUAGAAGUAAUAGCAAAAGUGCUUGCUAGUGUUAAUUAUGUUGUUCUUCAUAUGGAAGGUCUCAGUUUGGACGAGAAAAAUUCGGAAAUUUCAAUGGUUGGUGUUGAUGGCUGA